AUGAAUGAUGUGGUUGACUCUCUGCAGUGUAAUGCACCUCUCUAUGCCAACGAUCUAGAGUUUUAUAAGAGUAUCCAGUCCCCUUUAGAUGCGUAUUUGUUACAAGAGGACAUAGGAAGAGUCAACAGUUGGUCCAAAACCAACUCAAUGCCCAUUAACAUUGUCAAAACAGUCUUCAUGACAUUGACAAGGAAGACUAAUCCAUUGUUCCAUGCUUACAUGAUAGAUGGAAUACAACUGAAGCGAGAAAACACAGUGGUUGACCUUGGAGUUACAUGUGACUCAAAACUUCUUUUCAACGAGCAUGUUGACAAAACGGUUAGGAAGGCUCGGAGACAACUUGGCAUGAUAAACUGGAUCACCAAAGAAUUCAAGGCCCAACGUUCGUUUUGUUUGCUCUACUGCACAUUAGUGAGGAGUGUUCUGGAGUAUGCCUCAGUGAUCUGGCAGAGGGAAAGAAUCACUUCAACACAAAGAAUCAAGGCUGUCCAGAGAAAGUUUGUUAGAAUGUUGUGUGGAAGGUGUUUCCCUAUGUUUCAAGGACUGCAGUUCCAGUACCGCGAGGCCUGCAAUUCGGCAAACUUGAAGUCCUUGCAGUGGAGAAGGAGGAAAAUUGAUACAAAGUUUUUUCACAAAUCUCUGCAUGAAGCUCAGGGCACUCUAUGGAGAGUGUUGGGACUGUUGUGCCAUCUCAUGCGUUCGGGAGGCACCGACCCUUCAAGCAAUGCACCAAAAGUGAUUUCUCUCCAGUAG